GAAUCAACUCCAAAUGCCCGGUGCGUCCUACCAUUUAAACAUCCAGCUCUACAUCAACACUCUAGGUACUAACUCCCCCUCACCACUAUCAGAAAACAGCCAAGCACUAACCAUAUCAAAAAGAAUAUCUGCAUCAAUUACAUCAACUACCACCUGCCAUCCAAUCUCCCAUGCAACCCUCAUCCCACCCCUCCACACCACAGAACCCGUGCUUAGCUGCCCUCACCUCACGUGCGACAGUCCAAUCAUCACAGGUGCGAGCCAGCUGCCACUGCCAGAAGAUCCUUGAGAGACAGAUAGGUGUCAUGUGACGCACGCACACGCGCACGCACACACGAGCUAAUUCCACGGCUCGCCAAAAUCUUCAGCAGCAUCUAACCUUAAAAACAGGUGAGCAGAUCCGACAACGGCCGUCACCAGACAUCGCACGCGGUGCACAGACAGUCAACACUAACAGUAGCACUAGUAGCAUUGGCAGCAUCAGCAGCAGUAGAGUGAGUGUAUAACAGUUUCAUUGAGAAAACGGUGUAAAAGUAGUAGUCGAGAAAAAGAAGAAGGAAAAAGAGCCCAUAACAAAGACCAAACCAAACCAUCGAUCCCAUCCGCAGAGCAGCAGUAGUAGAAGUUGGUGGUAGAGACCGCUUUUUGUGAACCGUGCAAGAGAAAACCCGAGCUGAUCGCUCAAAAGGAGAUACUGAAAAAAAAAAAAA